AUUUGAGCAUACAACAUGUUUUUAUAAGAGGCAGUUAGAAAGGCAAUUAGCAAGUGCAAGUGCAGUCAAGAUGAAGUCGACCUUUUGCAUUCUUGCGAUUGUGGCCUUCGCUGCGGUUCAAGCUUAUCCAAAACCACGAGUGAUCACAUCAAGCAGCGCCACUCACGCGCAAAAAGAUGUCUCCAGGGCCGAAACUGCCUCUACCGCCAGUGACGGAUCAGCAGUCAGCAAUGUCUCCGAGUUAGACAAUGAGGCCGUCUCCAACGACAACUCUCGCUCAUACGCCGACGGUAACGGAAACGCCAUCACUUCAUCAUCACACAACGAUGCUCAAACUUACGCACAAAGCACUGGCAACACCGUUAGCAAUGCUGACGGUACAUCCGCUACAUCCAGCACCCUGGACAGCACCUCCACGUCUAACCAGAGCAGUGACAUGAGUGAAUCCCUGAACGACGACGCUGACCAGGCUGCAUUCGAGAGUGCAGCUGGCUAUGGCUCAGCAUCAGGAUCAGCAUCAUCCGGCGCAACUGCAGCCUCUGGUUCAGCCGAUGGUAGUGGAGGAUCAGGAUCCGCGUCAUCAGGGUCUACAGCCGCAUCUGGCUCCUCAGGUGGUUCUGGAUCAUCCGGAUCAGCGACGUCAGCAGGAUCAGCCGCCUCCGGAGGUGUAGGCGGAAGCAACGGCUCAUCUGCAGCAGCAGGAUCUGGAAGUGGAAGCAGUGCAGCAGGAGCCUCAUCAUCAGGCGGAAACGGCUCAGCAGCCGGAUCAGCAGCAUCAGGCAGUGGAAGCUCAUCAUCAGGAGCAGCAUCAAGUGGAAACGGAUCAUCAUCAGGAGCUGCUUCAAGCGGAAACGGUGCAUCAUCAGGAUCCGCAUCAGGUGGAAAUGGUGCAGCAGCCUCAAGUGGAGGAAAUGGCGCAUCUGUAGCAUCUGCAUCUGGUAACGGAGGAACAGGAUCUGCCACGUCCUCUACAGGACCUGGGUCUGCAGCGGCUGGUUCAAAUGGUGGAAGUGCUGGCUCUACAUCAUCAGUAGCGGCUUCAGGAGGACCAGGCUCGGCUGCUGGGGCUGCCUCUGCAGGAAAUGGAGGAUCAGCAUCAUCAGCAUCUGGCGGCAACGCUGGGUCAGCAUCAUCAGUUGGUGGAAACGGAAACUCAGCUACAGGAGCUGCCUCUAGUGGAAACGGUGGAUCAUCAGCUGGAGCGGCAUCCGGAGGAAACGGAGGCUCAUCUUCUGCAGCUUCAUCUGGUGGAAACGGAGGAUCGUCAGCUGGAACAGCUACUAGUGGAAACGGAAACUCGUCAUCAUCAGCUGCUGGAAACGGUGGAUCAACAGCCGCGUCAUCUGGAAACGGAAGACCAGGAUCAGCUAGUUCAGCUGAUUCCGGAGGAAACGGAGGCUCAUCUUCUGCAGCUUCUUCUAGUGGAAACGGAAACUCAGCCUCAGGAGCUGCUUCUGGUGGAAAUGGAGGAUCAGGAGCAUCCGCAGUUUCAUCAGGUAAUGGUCUAGGUAACAAUGGCUCAACAUCAUCAGCUGGUGGGAACAGUGGAUCAACAGCCGCUGCAUCAUCAGGAGCUGCUUCUAGUGGAAACGGAUUUUCAUCAGUAGGAUCUGCUUCCGGAGGAAACGGAGGAUCGUCUGCUGCAUCUUCUUCUGGUGGAAACGGAAACUCAGCCUCAGGAGCUGCUGCUGGAGGAAACGGAGGAACAGGAGCAUCAGCAGCUUCAUCAGGCUCAGCAUCAUCAGCUGAUGGGAACAGUGGAUCAGCGGCCUCGUCAUCUGGACCAGGAUCAGCCUCAGCAGCAUCAUCACGACCUGCAGCAUUAUCACGACCUGCAGCAUCAUCACGACCUUCAGCAUCUUCAGGAGCUGCUUCCGGAGGAAAUGAAGGAUCAUCUACUGCUGCUUCCUCUGGAGGUGGAAAUGGAUCUUCAUCAUCAGGAGCUGCCUCUAGUGGAAAUGGUGGCUCACCUUCUGCGGUUUCUUCUAGUGGAAACGGAAACUCAGCCUCAGGAGUUGCUUCUGGAGAAAACGGAGGAUCAGGAGCAUCAGCAGCCUCAUCAGGCAACAAUGGCUCAGCAUCAUCAGCUGGUGAAAACGGUGGAUCAGCAGCCGCGGCAUCAUCAGGACCUGGAGCAUCAUCAGGCGCUGCCUCGGGUGGAAACGGAUCUUCAUCAUCAGGCGCUGCCUCGGGUGGAAAUGGAUCUUCAUCAUCGGGAGCUGCCUCGAGUGGAAACGGAGGAUCAGGAGCAUCAGCAGCCUCAUCAGGUAAUGGUCUAGGUAACAAUGUCUCAGCAUCAUCAGCUGAUGGGAACAGUGGAUCAGCAGCCUCGUCAUCUGGACCAGGAUCAGCCUCAGCAGCAUCAUCACGACCUGCAGCAUUAUCACGACCUGCAGCAUCAUCACGACCUAAAGCAUCUUCAGGAGCUGCUUCCGGAGGAAAUGAAGGAUCAUCUACUGCUGCUUCCUCUGGAGGUGGAAAUGGAGCUUCAUCAUCAGCCUCUAGUGGAAACGGCGGCUCAGCUUCUGCGGCUUCUUCUGGUGGAAACGGAAACUCAGACUCAGGAGCUGCUGCUGGAGGAAACGGAGGAUCAGGAGCAUCAGCAGCUACAUCAGGCUCAGCAUCAUCAGCUGAUGGGAUCAGUGGAUCAUCAGCCUCGUCAUCUGGAAACGGAAGACCAGGAUCAGCCUCAGCAGCAUCAUCACGACCUGCAGCAUUAUCACGACCUGCAGCAUCAUCACGACCUUCAGCAUCUUCAGGAGCUGCUUCCGGAGGAAAUGAAGGAUCAUCUACUGCUGCUUCCUCUGGAGAUGGAAAUGGAUCUUCAUCAUCAGGAGCUGCCUCUAGUGGAAAUGGUGGCUCAGCUUCUGCAGUUUCUUCUAGUGGAAACGGAAACUCAGCCUCAGGAGCUGCUUCUGGAGAAAACGGAGGAUCAGGAGCAUCAGCAGCCUCAUCAGGCAACAAUGGCUCAGCAUCAUCAGCUGGUGGAAACGGUGGAUCAUCAGCCGCGGCAUCAUCAGGACCUGGAGCAUCAUCAGGCGCUGCCUCGGGUGGAAACGGAGGAUCAGGAGCAUCAGCAGCCUCAUCAGGUAAUGGUCUAGGUAACAAUGUCUCAGCAUCAUCAGCUGAUGGGAACAGUGGAUCAGCAGCCUCGUCAUCUGGACCAGGAUCAGCCUCAGCAGCAUCAUCACGACCUGCAGCAUUAUCACGACCUGCAGCAUCAUCAAGACCUUCAGCAUCUUCAGGAGCUGCUUCCGGAGGAAAUGAAGGAUCAUCUACUGCUGCUUCCUCUGGAGAUGGAAAUGGAUCUUCAUCAUCAGGAGCUGCCUCUAGUGGAAACGGCGGCUCAGCUUCUGCAGCUUCUUCUGGUGAAGGUAAUGUUUUAGGCAACAAUGGCUCAGCAUCAUCAGCUACUGGAAACGGUGGAUCAGCAGCCGCAUCAUCUGGAAACGGAAGACCAGGAUCAACAGCUGCAGCAUCAUCAGUACCUGGUGCAUCAUCAGGAGCUGCCACUAGUGAAAACGGAUCUUCAUCUGUAGGAUCUGCUUCCGGAGUCAACGGUGGCUCAUCUUCUGUAGCUUCUUCUGGUGGAAACGGAAACUCAGCCUCAGGAGCUGCUGCUGGAGGAAACGGAGGCUCAGGAUCAUCAGCUGCUUCAUCAGGCAACAAUGGCUCAGCAUCAUCAGCUGAUGGGAACAGUGGAUCGGCAGCCUCGUCAUCUGGACCAGGAUCAGCCUCAGCAGCAUCAUCACGACCUGCAGCAUUAUCACGACCUGCAGCAUCAUCACGACCUUCAGCAUCUUCAGGAGCUGCUUCCGGAGGAAAUGAAGGAUCAUCUACUGCUGCUUCCUCUGGAGGUGGAAAUGGAUCUUCAUCAUCAGGAGCUGCCUCUAGUGGAAAUGGUGGCUCACCUUCUGCGGUUUCUUCUAGUGGAAACGGAAACUCAGCCUCAGGAGCUGCUUCUGGAGAAAACGGAGGAUCAGGAGCAUCAGCAGCCUCAUCAGGCAACAAUGGCUCAGCAUCAUCAGCUGGUGGAAACGGUGGAUCAGCAGCCGCGGCAUCAUCAGGACCUGGAGCAUCAUCAGGCGCUGCCUCGGGUGGAAACGGAUCUUCAUCAUCAGGCGCUGCCUCGGGUGGAAAUGAAUCUUCAUCAUCAGGCGCUGCCUCGGGUGGAAAUGGAUCUUCAUCAUCGGGAGCUGCCUCGGGUGGAAACGGAGGAUCAGGAGCAUCAGCAGCCUCAUCAGGUAAUGGUCUAGGUAACAAUGUCUCAGCAUCAUCAGCUGAUGGGAACAGUGGAUCAGCAGCCUCGUCAUCUGGACCAGGAUCAGCCUCAGCAGCAUCAUCACGACCUGAAGCAUUAUCACGACCUGCAGCAUCAUCACGACCUUCAGCAUCUUCAGGAGCUGCUUCCGGAGGAAAUGAAGGAUCAUCUACUGCUGCUUCCUCUGGAGGUGGAAAUGGAACUUCAUCAUCAGCCUCUAGUGGAAACGGCGGCUCAGCUUCUGCGGCUUCUUCUGGUGGAAACGGAAACGCAGACUCAGGAGCUGCUGCUGGAGGAAACGGAGGAUCAGGAGCAUCAGCAGCCUCAUCAGGCAACAAUGGGUCAGCAUCAUCAGCUACUGGAAACAUUGGAUCAGCUCCAGCAUCAUCAGGAGCUGCCUCGAGUGGAAACGGAUCUUCAUCAGUAGGAUCUGCUUCCGAAGGAAACGGAGGCACGUCUGCUGCAUCUUAUACUGGUGGAAACGGAAACUCAGCCUCAGGAGCUGCUGCUGAAGGAAACGGAGGAUCAGGAGCAUCAGCAGCUACAUCAGGCAACAAUGGCUCAGCAUCAUCAGCUGGUGGAAACGGUGGAUCCGCAGCCUCUACAUCUGGAAACGGAAGGCCAGGAUCAGCUGCAGCAGCAUCUUCAGGACCUGGAGCAUCAUCAGCAGCUGCUUCCGGAGGAAACGGAGGAUCGUCAGCUGGGACUUCUGCUGGAGGAAAUGCAGGCCCAUCUGCUGUAGCUUCUUCUACUGGCGGAAACGGAGUAUCAUCAGUAGGCGCUGCCCCGGGUGUGAAUGGAUCUUCAUCAUCAGGAGCUGCCUCUAGUGGAAACGGAUCUUCAUCAGCCGGAGCAGCCUCGGGUGGAAACGGAGGAUCAGGAGCAUCAACCUCAUCAGGUAAUGGUAUAGGUAACAAUGGCUCAGCAUCAUCAGGUGGUGGGAACAGUGGAUCAGCUGCAGCAGCAUCAUCAGGACCUGGCGCAUCAUCAGGAACUGCCUCGAGUGGAAACGGAUCGUCAUCAGUAGGAUCUGCUUUCGGAGGAAACGGAGGCUCGUCUGCUGCAUCUUCUUCUGUUCGAAACGGAAACUCAGCCUCAGGAGCUGCUGCUGGAGGAAACGGAGGAUCAGGGGCAUCAGCAGCCUCAUCAGGCAACAAUGGGUCAGCAUCAUCAGCUGGUGGAAACGGUGGAUCAGCAGCCGCGUCAUCUGGAAACGGAAGACCAGGAACAGCAGUUGCAGCAUCAUCAGGACCUGGAGCAUCAUCAGUAGCAGCUGCCUCUGGUGGAGACGGAAACUCAGCCUCAGGAGCUGCUAUUGGAGGAAACGGAGCAUCAGGAGCAGCGUCAUCAGGUAAUAAUGACUCAGCAUCAUCAGCUGGUGGAAACGGUGGAUCAGCAGCCACGUCAUCUGGAAACGGAAGACCAGAAACAGCAGCCGCGGCAUCAUCAGGACCUGGUGCAUCAUCAGGAGCUGCCUCGAGUGGAAACGAAUCUUCAUCAUCAGGAGCAGCAUCGUCAGGAAACAGCUCAGGAUCAUCAGCAGCAUCUGGAGGACCUGGAUCAACCGCGGGAGCAUCUUCUAGUGGAAACGGAAACUCAGCUAGUGGAGCUGCCUCUGGUGGAAACGGUGGCUCAGCAUCAUCAGCUGGUGUGAAUGGUGGAUCAGUAGCCGCGGCAUCAUCAGGACCUGGAGCAUCAUCAGGAGCUGUUUCUAGUGGAAACGGAGGCUCAUCAGCUGGAACAGCUUCUGAUGGAAACGAAAACUCAGCCUCAGGAGCUGCUACAUCAUCGGGACCUGGUGGGUCAUCAGGAGCUGCGUCAUCAGGAAACGGAUCAGCAUCAUCAGCAGCAUCUGGAGGGCCUGGAUCAGUCUCGGCAGCAUCUUCUGGUGGAAACGGAAACUCAGCUAGUGGAGCUGCCUCUGCUGGAAACGGUGGAACUGCUGCAGGAGCGUCCUCUGGUGGAAAUUCUGGAUCUGCAUCAUCCUCAAACGAAAACGGUGGAUCAGCAUCAUCCUCAAAUGGAAACGGUGCAUCAGCAUCUUCCGCUAAUGGAAACGGUGGAUCAGCGUCAUCCGCUAGUGGAAACGUUGGAUCAGCAUCAUCCACUAAUGGAAACGGCGGUUCAGCAGCCUCUGCAUCUGGUGCAGCAGGUUCAGCCGCAUCAGGGGGAAGUAAUGGUUCCUCAGCAUCAUCAGCUGGAGGAUACGGUGGACCGGUAGCGUCAGCAGCAUCAUCAGGAAUUGGUCCAAGAUACUAUAGGCCAAGAUCUGCGUCAUCUGGCUACUUCAAGGGUCGAAGUGCUGGAUCCACAGCGUCAUCCGGCCCAGGCGGUUACAACGGAGCAUCAUACUUUGGUAACGGUGGUGGCUCAGCAUCAUCAACCAGUCAAAACCGUGGUGAACCCGUCUUCCAUUGCACCAGUGGAUAUUAUACCUAUCCUAUAGUAGAAUACAGUGGAAACUCUGGAUCAGGAGCCUCGGCCUCUGAUAAUGAUGGAGCUGGCUCAGCCGCAUCAAAUGGGAACAAUGGAUCUUCUGCAGCCUCAUCAAGUGGAAAUAGUGGGGCUAGUUCAGCCGCAUCAGGAGGAAAUACAGGAUCAGCAGCAUCCACAUCAGGAAACAGUAGCGCAAGUUCAGCCUCAUCCAAUGGAGACAGUGCAUCAGGAGUAGCGUCAAGUGGAAACAAUGGAUCUUCAGCAGCAUCCUCAUCAGGAAACGGUGGAGCAAGUUCAGCCUCAUCCAAUGGAAACAACAGUGCCUCAACAGUAGCGUCAAGUGGAAACAAUGGAUCAGCAGCAUCAACCUCAGAAAACGGUGGAGCUACUUCAGCUGCUUCAGGCGGAAGCAACGGCUCUGCUUCAAGUGGAAGCUCAGGAUCAUCAUCAGCCGCCACUUCAAACGACGGAUCAUCAUCAGCUUCAACUACUAACGGUAGAAACGCGGGAUCUUCAACAGCAUCUGGUGGAAACAGCGGAUCUGCGUCUGCUGCGAACCGUGGGUCGUCGUCUUCAUCAUCAGGGAGCGGGUCAGGUGCUGCUGCGUCCAGUCGAGGUGCACCUCCAGGGUCUUCGGCCUCCACGGCGUCAGCGGCUGGGAAUGGCGCCGCCACUUCCACUGUUGUCAAUCGAAACAGGGAAUCCGGAUCUGCAGCAAACGGCUCUUCAGCCACGGCAGCAACCAGUGGCUACAACGGCAGAAACAUCGGAUCUACCGCCGCAGCCUCCAGUUAGAAUAGAAUAGAA